GUCGCUCGGCCUCGAACAUGUCGUAUCCACUCGGUUCGACGUGCGAGAUCGGACGACGGCGGGGCCGUUAAGUUUCGUGCGCUGUUGUAUCGAGCGGAUGCGCCGAGACGGAAAGAGACAACACGAUCGAGUGGUGCUGCUGCUGACGCCCGACUUCCGCAACAAGGCCGGCGCCAUCGAGGCGGUGACGGACGCGAAGCCCGACGUCUACAACCACAAUCUGGAGACGGUGCCGCGCCUCUAUACCGAGGUGAGGCCCGGCGCGCGCUAUUACCACUCGCUCCGCCUGCUCGACACGGUGAAGCGCCGCGAUCCCUCCAUCUUCACCAAGUCCGGCGUCAUGGUGGGCCUCGGCGAGGAGCGCCGCGAGAUCCUGCAGGUGAUGGACGAUCUGCGCUCGGCGGACGUGGACUUUUAAAACAUCGACGAGCCAGUACACCUGCGCCCGAGUAUAGACACGAGCGCACCAUGAGGGAGGUAGAUGCGCUACGCCACGCCGGACGAGUUCGCCGAGUACGAGCGGCUGGCCUACGCCAAGGGUACUUCUGA